AUGGGCUUAACAUCAUUUGACAUAUCUUAUAAUUCUUUAGAAGGUCCAAUUCCAGAGAAUCAUUUUUUUCAGGUGGCUCCAAUUAAGUGGUUUACCCAUAAUAAGGGCUUAUGCAGUCAAGUGCAUGGCUUGCCUCAAUGCAAUCAAUCCUCUUCAGCAAGCAAAGGUGAUCGAGAGAAAUAUCGAAAAGUCAUUAUCUUGAUUGUUCUUCCCAUAUUUGGCAUUUUAUUUCUCUUACUCCUAGUAGUUGCAAUCACUUUGCUCUGUAACAAGAGAAAAAAAUUCAUAGCAAAUGAUUCUGGUGAAGAAGUUGGUGGUUUCUCCAUUUUGAAUGUGAAUCAUGGGAAAGGAACAUACAAAGCGAUAAUUCAAGCCACAGAAAAUUUUGAUAAUAAGUAUCAGAUUGGUGCAGGAGCUUGUAGCAUGGUCUAUAAAGCUACACUAUCUUCAGGAGAAACACUUGCUAUUAAGAAAAUUCAGAAAGAAGAAGGAAGAGUGAACGAGCAAGCUUUCCAAAAUGAAAUACAAGCUUUAAUUGAAAUUCGACAUCGGAAUAUUGUGAAGUUUUAUGGUUUCUGUUCUACUGAUAAAUUCAGCUUUCUUGCAUAUAAAUAUAUGGAGAGAGGAAGCCUAGGUGCCACUCUUAGAUCUGAACAGGAAGCAUUGGAGUUGGAUUGGAUCAAGAGAGUCACCAUUGUACGAGACAUUUCUCAAGCUUUAUCUUACUUGCAUCAUGAUUGUGCUCCACCUAUCAUCCAUCGAGACAUAACAAGCAAUAACAUUCUUCUGGAUGAGGAAUACAAGGCUUGUGUUUCAGACUUUGGUAUUUCUAGAUCGCUAAAACCCAACUCAUCACAUUGGAGUUUUCUUGCAGGCACAUAUGGGUACAUGGCACCAGAGCUUGCCUAUGCAAUGAGGGUGACUCAAAAAUGUGAUGUGUAUAGCUUCGGAAUUGUAGCACUUGAAGUGAUACAUGGAACACAUCCUGGUGAUCUCCUAAACAACUUGACAUUGAGUAUGUUAGUGAAAGAUAUACUUGAUCCACGUCUUCCACUUCAUAUAGAAAAUCAAGUGAUCACAAGCCAAGUGCUUUCAGUGAUUUCAAUAGCAAUGCAGUGCAUUAACACUGAUUCACAAGCUCGGCCUACAAUGCAACAAGUAUCUCAAAGGUUGUCUUCUCCAAAGUCUUUGCCAGCAUCCAACAUCUAUCCUAUUGAAGCACUUUCCCUUGAUCACCUCAUAAAGAUCGCACAAACACAUAUUGAUGAUCAAGCCUUUGAAUAA